AUGCGAUGCGCGAGCAAGGCCGCUGAGAGCGCGUCCGCACGUCUCUGUGCGGACGCCGAAGCAGGAACCGCUGCAACCGAUGUCUCAUCGGUUGCUGAAGCGACCCAGCCUGUGUCACUUGGUGAUGCAGGCGCUGGUCAUGAAGAUACUCACGUCUUCACAGAGUACGAGCUCGGUGUCUCGUACUCUCCUGAUACGGAAGACGGAUCCGUAUCGACGGCGAUUGAAUCCAAGCCGCCUGCCAAGCGUGGCAUGAACGAUGCUUUGCGUCGCAGCAUCUUUGGUUCAUCUGAUGAGUCAGAUGAACCAUCGCCGAAGCGUAGGCGCUCGAGGUCGCGAGACUCGGGCGCUAAUAGUGGUGUCGGUUCUCCUAUGGACACCACUACACAGCGAGGUGCCAGUACUUCUGUCGGCACGUCGCAGGAAGAGCGGGACCGCAAUGUCUUGCGUCUCGCUCCUGAGAAGAAGGCAUGGAUGCCUCCCAAAUCAGUCAUGGAUCACUUGUCGGCGACGACGAGUGAUCGUUAUCGAACACGGUUGUUCGAUUCGUCAAGGAUCCAUCACCUUGACCCCAGUGCGAAAAACUAUCGCGCUGAACAUGAAUUCUUCAUCGAUGCUUUCUUAAAACAUCGAUGGUACAGUGGGAAUCACAAGCGUGAUGGUCCCUCACUGCUUCAGGCAUGGAACGCCUACAUCCAUAACCUUGAGGAUGUAGGUCGUGACGCUUGGAACGACAAGCUUAUCAAAGCUCGUGAUAAGUUUGAAAAGCGAACCCCGACAGGUGCACGCUACAAGCUGCAUCGUCUGUCAAGGGAGAAAGGGUUACCCUGCCUCUCUUGGGGAGACUCGUGCCAUGUUGUGUGA